AAUGUGCGCGGACACUGGACAAGUCAGAGACAGCACCACGUGUACUGUGUUGACUGUCAAAACCUUCAGGAGCCCAAUUCCCGGAAGCUGUGAGUUCUGAAAGAAGUUCCUGCACUCGAGCGCCCGGAGUCUGCGAGCCCCCAACCAUGAGCGCCCCGGGCGUGCUGUCCUUUACCCAGCAAGGCUGGGAGCAGGUGCUGGCCAAAGUGAAACGGGCUUUGGUCUACCUGGACGCCGCCUGCGCCGAGAGCCUGCACUGGGGCUGCGGAUCCACGCGGCUUCUGGAGGCGGUGGGAGGUCCUGAGUGUCACCUGCGGGAGUUCGAGCCCGCCGCAGUUGGUGGUGGAGCCAAGCAGCCUAAGGCGGUGUUUGUGUUGAGCUGCCUGCUGAAAGGCCGGACCGUGGAGACCCUACGGGAUAUCAUCUGUCGCAGUCACUUCCAGUACUGUGUGGUGGUCACAGCCGUGAACCACGCUGUCCACCUCACCGCUAAUCACGUGCCGGCGGCUGCAGCGGCCGAGCUGGAAGGGCAGCAGCCGGUGUUCGAGCAACUGGAGGAGAAGCUGUGUGAGUGGAUGGGCAAUAUGAACUACACCGCCGAGGUGCUGCACGUCCCGUUGUUGCUCGCCCCUGUGGCUCCCCACCUUGCCUUGACUCCAGCCUUUGCUUCCCUUUUUCCACUGCUCCCCCAGGAUGUGCAUCUCCUUAACAGCGCCCGACCGGACAAGAGGAGGCUAGGAAGCCUGAGUGAGGUGGAUGCCACGGCCCUGACCCCUGAGCUGUUUUUGCAAAUCAGGUGCCUGGUGUCAGGCCUCAGUUCUCUGUGUGAGCAUUUCGGGGUGCGGGAGGAGUGUUUUGCCGUAGGUUCCCUCAGUCGGAUCAUCGCUGCAGAUCUGGCUAAUUAUGCCCCUGCCAAGAACAGGAGGAAGACUGCCACAGGCAGGGCAUCAGUGGUCUUUGUGGACAGAACUCUGGAUCUCACGGGAGCAACUGGACAUCAUGGAGACAACUUGGUAGAGAAGAUCAUUUCAGUGCUUCCCCAGCUCCCGGGCCACACCAACGAUGUGAUGGUUAACAUGGUAGAGCUUACGGCACUCCAGAAUGAAGAGAAGAGUCAGAGUAUGGUUGCGCCAGGCUGUCUUGCACAACCCAAGGACGCGGCCGCCAAAGCCUUGUGGGAAGCCUUACUGAGCACCAAGCACAAAGAGGCAGUGAUGGAAGUGCGGAGACAUCUAGUGGAAGCAGCAAGCAGAGAAAACCUGCCAAUCAAGAUGAGUAUGGGGAGAGUCACUCCAGGGCAGCUCCUGUCCUAUAUUCAUCUCUUCAAGAACAACCUCAAAGCUUUAGUGAGUCACUGUGGGCUCCUACAGCUUGGGCUGGCCACAGUUCAAACUCUGAAACACCCACAGACUGCCAAAUGGGACAACUUUCUGGCUUUUGAAAGACUCCUUCUCCAGAGCAUUGGGGAGUCAACCAUGUCUGUUGUGUUAAAUCAGCUGCUGCCCAUGAUGAAGCCUUUGAACCAGAGGACCGACAAUGAUUACAGCCCUGAAGAAUUGUUGAUCCUCCUGAUAUAUAUUUACUCUGUUGGUGGAGAGUUUACAGUGGACAAAGACCUGGGGGAAGCCGAAGAAAAAGUGAAGAAAGCAUUGGCUCAGGUCUUCUGUGAAGAGUCUGAAUUGUCACCUUUGCUGCAAAAAAUCACAGGCUUUUAUAAAGGUUGUUCCUUCUGCCUGGAAGAGUCAUUGUCACUCUGUCUCCAGAGCAAGCGUCCCCUUCAUCCUGGAGGAGCCUCCAUUCUCUCACAGAGCCUGUGUUCCUGCAUCUGAGCAACUAUACCGUUCUGUAACGUGAACACAUUCACCUAUUUCUCUGCCUGCCUCCCCUCCAUGACCCGGAACCACGUGGGAAAACGUGUGCGCCUUGCUUUCCUCAGGGCCUCCCACUUGCUUGGCACAAGGCUUAAUAAAGGUGCAUUGAUCAAAAUAGUUAACCGAUGAAUUCCCAAUAGCGCUCUGGUAUAUUGGAUCCCUGUAUGUGACUUCAGAAGACCCAGCACUUUUCAGUUGACCUUUUUGAUUUUAUGCUGGAAGAAGAGACAAACCCUUCUCAUAUAGAUGAGGGGAAUAUAAAAUCCCUCACUGCCUAGAAUCCAAGCAAUAAUAUCCUUCCCUGCAAUGGGAAACAGGGGAAGUUGCUUAGAGUAUUGGAAAGUAUGUUUUUUUAAAUAAAAAGGAUUUACCCUUGAGCCUGUUUCCUCAUCUAUAAACAAGGGGUUGGGCCUGAUGAUCUCAGAGGACCUUCCAGCAAAAGUUGUUCUAGGAAGCCACACCGUAAAUACUAUAAAACCAUCUGAUUCCUGCCAAAGUUCCACAUAAUGUUUAUUAAGACUUUGUAGAGUGCUGAAGAGUAGUUUAGAAAGAAAGUGAAGAGACUAACCCUCCAGUAGCUCCUAUCUAGUACACAAGAAGUAAGCGAUUUUUGUUGGCUGAAUGAAUGAGAAAACAAAACAAAACAAAACACAUGGGGGGGAAAAACAACCCCAAUAGUUAAAUAAGAAGUAUACUUACUGUUGAUGAGAUUUUCAAGAAGGAAAGGGAGAAUUGUCUGCAAGGGCACAAGUGGACAUUUAUUGUGAAAACAUGUCAUUUAAACAGUUCCGUUAUUUAUUUACAUGGGAAAGAGCCCAUGAAUCCACAGUGAAAAAUCCUCAUGAUAAAGGAAUUAGGCCAUGACACUAGCAUAGCUGUAGGUACAGGCCAGUACUUGAUAAAUGUCAGCAACUCAUGACCUGGUGAAGUACCGUUUUGCAAGUUAGUAAUACGGAGUGCCAGGAAGGUGCUAGAGAGGUGUGAGGGGAAAACGGUGCAUUCUCAACGGGUUCCUCUUCUCGUCCCUAUUCAGACGGCUGUUUUUCUGGGGCUUCUGAGAGCUUCCAAGCCCAGAACCGCAGAUGUGUUUGUUGCCAGUGAGGCCGCCAUUUGGAACUGGUGCUGGAGCUCUGCAGCUCCGUUUCUGUGUAACAGCCCGAGUGUGGUGCGGUUCAGUCUAGCGAGGGCCCCUUCCUGUCAUAAAUAAGAUUACUUUCAUUUCACUUGUGGAGUGUGCUAUUCCUCAGAGUAAUGAAUUUCCUCUGUGCCUUUGAGCACAUAAACAUGGUUUGCAUUAGCUUUCUCUCUUUAAAAAAGAAAAAAAAAAAGGGAUAGGGAGGUGGAAGGAGGAGAGAGAAUCUGAGCAAAAUUAAUAGACAUCAAUUAACUCCAUAAAUGCAGAUGGAUAUUUUGCUGACUGGCUGGAAACAGGCUUGUGAGCAGUACCAGGAAAUCGCUAGUUUGUCUCUUCUGGAAAGCUAUGAAAAUGAACAAAUUUUAUUCUACAUGAGCAAAGGAACAGAGAAGGAGAGACAGUAUGCUUUUUUGAAUCUCGUUUUUAAGAAUUGUAUCAAAAAGUCCAUCAGAGUGGCCAUGAAGUCCUGACAAAUUGCCCUGGGUUCUUCUGGCAUUAUCAAGUACAUCACAGAGGACAAUUUACGUGGCCAAGAUUGUAGAGCGGUUUCUGCUUCUACCUUCCCUGCCUUUGCCCUGUGUGUGUGUGUGUGUGUGUGUGUGUGUGUGUGUGUGUGUGUGUGUGUGAUUUUAGACUAAUAAGAUAUCCCAGCCUUUCCCAAUUUCAAAUUUUCCCCGUUGAGAUUUGUAAGCUAUGUAGUUCAUAGCACUAAAUACACAGUUGUUCAUUUUUAUGGCUGGGAAUCUCUUGUCAAGAGGUGAUUCAUUAUAACGUGGCUGGACAUCUCUCAUUGUUGGAGGUGCAUACUUGAGCCUGAAAGCUAUUUAGGACCCAUUGACCCUUUGACUUCUGCCAGGAUCUUUUUUACUGUUGUUUUUGGAAAUUUGCGGGCAGAGAGUUGGGGCAUGGGGUAUUUUCGAAUCAUCCAGGAGGAGUUAUAUCAUUAAGGGGGGCGGGGGGAGUCUAAGAUUGGUUUUCCAAAUUACUUACUCUUAAUGGAAAAUCCACAGAUUUGUCUUUUCAGAACCUUUUUCUGUCUCUCCGAAUCAAUGUCUAUUUCAACCCCCAAUUCAUAGUAUAUUAUGUGCUCAUUUAGAUCUCCAGGGAGGAAGAAAUAAUAAUGCCCUGAGAGCAUCAAGGAACUGAAUUUCAGGCCACAGGUUGUCACUGACAAUUCACUACAGAUAGACUUUAACUGAGAUAAAGAUACUUGAUGCAUUUCACAGGGAGGUGUUGUCCAGCUCAGCGUUGACCUCCUGCAUAGGCGCUCUUGUUACAGUUGAGAAGUGCAGCUCGUUUCCAUUUGAAAUGGAAAGGAUGGAGUCAUUGAAGGAGCCAGUGCCUCUUAUAGGUGAAGGUUGCUUUGCUGAAAUGUGUACAACACACAACAAGGAACCUCAAAAACAAGUUUCCAUUUCACUUGACUGUAGCACAGGAAAUUGUUCCUGGCUUGUUUUUGUUAUGAACAGAGAGAGCAUUGCAUAUUAAAAGUUCCCCGUAGUUGUUUAAUAUUUGCUUGGUAGUGUGCUAGUCCCUAAUCAGUCCUUCUCCCCCGUAAAUCAUGUCAACUCUGUCACUGUUUUCAUUGGAAGCGUGAAUUGUUACGUUGAAAAUCUCCCAGGACGGUAAACCUCUGCAGCUGUGGGAGGCUGGAGCCAUUUACUGGUAUUAUUAAAGGAACCUGACUGAC